CUCCGAGUCACCGGUCCCAUUCACAAAACGGCCUAUACGAUUUUUAAAUGCAAUUGUCACAGCAGCUUUCGGGAGCAGAAGCGUCUACUCUCUUGACAUAAUUAAAUGAGAAUAGUGCUUCCCGGUGACCACGUGCGUGACCAAGCCACAAAUCUUGGUUCUGCUCAGAGACGACUUCGAGGAAUUCGCCAGCAGAGAAACGAGGUGGCCAACUUAAUUUUAGCGCACCCGUCCUCGUAUGCUUGCUGGAAGGGGAGUGGGUGGUAUCGCAGGCGCCAAUCUGGUCAACUGGACGGACCAAGAAGUUGGGGCUAUUUUCUGGGGUACAUAGUUGGUCACGUGCUUAUACUUGCUGUUGCUCGGCCUUUGCGACGCACACAAGUCGAAAAUUACAUUGUCGCCUCCACUCAGCUCCCGCAUUCGCAUUCACCCAUUGCUACGUCGGAUGCAUCAAUGCUCCCGUCGCCAGCGUCGUUUUUGCAGGCUCGUUCGAUUACAUCCGCAGCUGCAACGCCUGACAGCUGGGUUGCCUUUUCACUUGCGAGCCAUGGGACAUCUAUCUACCCCGUUUUUACCGGUCACAAGAAUGCUGUGCACUUUGUCCUGGAUGUGCUCCCGGGUGCCCUGCCCCAUGUCUGGAAUGGUCAACCAGUGCAUUCGUUGUACCGAUGGCAGUUUCACACCCGAAUGUCUAGCCUAGAUCACAUGGCCUCUUCGGUGCAACAUAGCGGUGGUGUUCUUGCCUCUCUCCGCUUACGAAAUUUGCUAUGGCCCGAUGACUAUACCAUCUUUACGCCUAGUUGUGGGUUCAUCGAGUGUAAUUUAUCUUCUUUCGUUGUUUCCCGGCUUGAGGAUGCUUAUGCGUCAAACGACUCUUUUCACCCGGCCCAAGUCAUGACUCUCGCACUGUACGACCGCUAUCUCCCGCCUGACUUCCCGUACACGCGGGCGUCUAGUUCAUUCUGUGCCGCCGUACAAUUGUAUGCCCGAUCGUCGCAACUUGACACCGCGCAACCUUCUUGGCUAUCCGCCGUGCGCAUAGCGUGCAACUCUGAGGAGACCUCCCUCCUUGAGGGAAAAGCUAUAGACCAUAUCAGGGAGGUUUUUGAUAGGGCCGCACGGCGCUUGUUUUCUGACGAUGCGGGGUUGUGGCCACAAUAUUGAACGCGUUAUUGUGUGGGUGUAUUGCCCCCACUCGCGGAUAUUGUAGCCAGCGUUGAGUCACAAGUGGUGUUUUGCCCCCACUGUCCAACAUUUAGGGCGACAUCGCAUCAUUAGGCAAUGUGGUACUUUAUCCUCGCAGCCUGCUAGGACGACGAUGGGACCUAAAUUGUUAUCCCGAUUAGCACAGAUGUGGCAUGUGCGUAGUGUUCGGCUCGCGGGUCAACAAUAUGUGGUAUGUAGGCUCCAUAGUGCUAUAUAGCAGUUCACAUUUUUGCUGAUGCUUUUGGGAGAACACCGUGACAAGCAACGUGUCCGUGCACUCAGCCCCAAUCCUUCCUCCCACGUUGCACAUUCCUCACUCAAUAGUUAUGCGUAUAUUUUGCCCGAUAGUUUGCGAGCUUUGCUUAGUUUGUAGUUAAGCGCUUAGAUACCUGAGCUCAUGUGAACGUAGAUGGACAAAUAAAACAUUCAUAUCCACA